AUGGAAGACAAACAAGAUGAUACCAAGAUUAACAUUGCAAACCCAAUUAAAGAUCAUCAAGAAACCACACUCUCCUACGAUUUCAGAACCGAAUUUCUUCAAGACGAUAACAAGACCCCAUUCUUUAAACCCCGUUCUCGUAGGAGGAGAAGAGACACCUGUGUCAUUUUUGCAUUCGUUAUCAUCCACCUGGUAGUCUUUCUUAUCACCAUGGCCAUCAAUGAUUGUGAUCAUAACUCUCACGGCGACUGCGCCUUCAAGGCCUUGGGGAGAAUGUCGUUUCAGCCUCUUCUUGAAAACCCUUUUCUUGGUCCCUCUGCUUCCACCCUAGAUAAAAUGGGGGCGAUUCGCAAGACAUUGUUGGCAGAACAUCAAACUUGGCGUCUUUUUUUGUGUCCAUGGUUGCAUGCUGGCGCCUUCCACUUUUUGAUCAACAUUCUCUGCAUUAUCUUCAUAGGAAUUUAUCUGGAGAAAGAGUUUGGAGCAAUAAGAACUGGGAUAAUCUACAUACUGUCUGCAUUUUUCGGUACCUUGGUGACUGCAAUUUUUGUCCGAGAUAGUCCAGCAGUUUGUUCCUCCGGUGCUCUAUUUGGAUUGCUUGGGGCUACAGCUUCUGCACUUACAAUGAAUUGGAAAUUUUACACCAAUAAGGUUGCAGCUCUGCUGACACUUCUUUUUGUGGCCGCAUUCAAUUUAAUGCUUGGCUUUCUGCCUUACAUGGACAACUAUUCAAGCAUUGGAGGUCUGAUAUCAGGAUUUCUACUUGGACUCGUGCUUUUUUACACCCCUCAGUUUAGGCAAGUGGCUCCAAACAAACUACGCCUUUAUGAGUAUGGUGUCAAAAGUUCAUUUAACUGGAAGCAGAAGUUGGACAGGCCUGUGCUGAGGAGUGUUUCCCUUGUUCUUUUCUCUCUUCUCCUCGUGGGACUUCUUGUGGCAGUACUCCUAGGCAUCAAUAUAAGCCAUCAUUGCAGGUUGUGUAGAUACGUCGACUGCAUUCCUUGCAAAAGGUGGAGUUGCAAUGACCUGACGUCAUCUUGUGAGACCAUGGGAAGCGACAAAGAGUUGACUUUGACCUGCAUGGGUAAUGGGAACUUCAGAGUUUUCUCCUUUACCAACAUUUCUCAAGAAAGGACACGGGAUUUAUGUACUCUGAUAUGCUCCUGA